AACACUGAUAAUAUUAGUUAGGAUUGUCAUUGUCAGCUGGAUUUCUGUAACAAAAGUUUUCAAGAUAUUUAUUCUUCGUAAAAAAUGCAAUUCCUGACUUCGAAUCCCUUAGUUAUAUUUAUACUACAAGAAUGGAAACUGCUUUCUUUACUGACAAUAAUUUUUAUGCUGUACUUUUAUUACACCAAAACCUUUACAUUUUUCGAAGAAAAAGGUGUAAAAUUUAUGAAACCAUACAUUUUGCUGGGAAAUUUGGGGCCCAGACUUAUGCUUAAAGUGUCAAUGCAUGGAUUUCAACUGCACAUCUACAACCACUUCAAAGGUUCUCCGUAUGGUGGAAUAUUCGAAGGGCGUCGACCUGUGUUUUACGUCUUUGAUCCAGAUUUAAUAAAAGCUGUGACUAUUAAGAAUUUUGAUCACUUUGUUGAUAGAAAUGUGCUAAACAGUAGACAACCUGGCUACCUCAGCCGCUCACUCAUUAACCUGAAGGGUCGAGACUGGAAAGAUGUCAGGAGUACACUGACACCCUCCUUCAGUUCCACUCGUCUGAGGAAUAUGCUGCCCCUCAUAGAACAGUGCACAACUCAGAUGGUACAAUUCUUAAAGGCAUUUGAUAAGAAAGAAGUAGAAAUGAAGGAUGUAAUGGGCCACUUCACUCUGGAAGUGAUUGGAGCGUGUGCGUUUGGAAUCAAAUGUGAUGCUCUUACUGAUGAAAAUGCACACUUUGUUCAGGUGGCAUCCAAAUUUAAUGAUAUGGCGGUAUCAAAGAGAUUAUUAAUAUUUUUUGUGCUAAUCUUUAUGCCACGAAUGUUCAGGUUCUUGAACCUAUCUUUCUUGAACCCUGAAAGCACUAAGGAAUUGCUAAAAAUUUUGACUGCUGCCAAGGCAGAAAGAAGAUCUACUAAAUCAAAGAGAAACGAUUUCUUACAAUUAUUAAUUGAUUCUGCUGAGCCAGAAAAAACUGAAUCGGUAAAGCCCGGUGAACACAAGAAACACCUAGACGAGGACACGAUCGAUGCGCAGGCGCUGCUAUUCCUCAUAGCGGGCUACGAGACGUCGAGCACGGUGCUGUCGUUCGCGAUCCACGUGAUGGCGACGCACCCCGAGCUGCAGCGGCGGCUGCGCGAGCACGUCUCCGAGGUCACCGACGGCAAGGAAAUGUCGUAUGAAGUGCUGGCGGAGCUGCACUAUUUAGAAGCCUUUUUGCUUGAGACUCUCCGCGUGUACCCCCCUGUAUCACGCAUAGACCGCGUGGUGACCAAGCCCUACACCGUCCCGGGCACGUCCAUCAACUUGGACCCGGGCACGGUGGUGGCCAUCCCGGUGUACGGCAUCCACAUGGACCCUGACAUCUACCCGGAACCCACCAAGAUCCGCCCGGAGAGGUUCCUUGGCGACGAGAAGAAUGACCGACCGUCACAUUUGUAUUUGGCGUUUGGUGCCGGUCCGAGAAAUUGUAUUGGGCUGCGUUUUGCGAUGUUUUCCGUCAAGUUGGCAAUGGUCACCUUGCUGAAGAACUACAAGUUCUCUCCGUGCUCCAAGACAAAGGAUCCUAUCCCGUUUGAGAAGAAAGGCAUCUUGUUGAAAGCCCAUGGUGGCGUCUGGGUAACUCUUGAAUCGUUGAAAGAGUAA